AUGCUGGCACUGAGGAGCUUCUCCAUCACCGCGAGGAACUGCGCUCGCUCGGCGGGUCCUCGGAAAGCGGUUAGCGUCACGAUCCAGGCCCAGCGAUACUACUCCGCCGGCAAGGACCGUGUCGCCAAGUUCGAGGGUGUCAAGGACACAAACGGAAACUACACUGUCAGCUUGAUUGAGGGUGACGGUAUCGGCCCCGAGAUUUCGCUCGCCGUCAAGAACAUCUUUGCUGCUGCCCAGACCCCCAUCGCCUGGGAGCCCGUUGAUGUCAACCCUAUCCUCAAGAAUGGCAAGACGGCCAUUCCCGAUGCCGCCAUUCAGAGCAUCGAGAAGAACAAGGUCGCUCUCAAGGGACCUCUUGCGACCCCCAUUGGCAAGGGCCACGUCUCUCUCAACUUGACUCUUCGACGAACCUUCAACCUCUUUGCCAACCUCCGUCCCUGCCGAUCGAUCGCCGGCUACAAGACCCCCUACGAUGACGUCGAUACUGUCCUGAUCCGAGAGAACACCGAGGGCGAGUACUCUGGUAUUGAACACGAGGUUGUUGACGGCGUCGUCCAGUCCAUCAAGCUCAUCACCCGCGAGGCCUCGGAGCGCGUCCUCCGCUUCGCCUUCCAGCACGCCGAGGAGAUUGGCCGCCACAAGGUCCGCGUUGUUCACAAGGCCACCAUCAUGAAGCUCUCCGACGGCCUUUUCCUUCGCACCGCCGAGCGCAUCGCCCGAGAAUACCCUCACAUCGAGUUCGAUGCCGAGCUCCUUGACAACACCUGCCUGCGCAUGACCACCGACCCCGUCCCCUACAACGACAAGGUCCUCGUCAUGCCCAACCUCUACGGCGAUAUCCUCUCCGACAUGUGCGCCGGUCUCAUUGGCGGUCUCGGUCUCACUCCCUCGGGUAACAUGGGUGACGAGGUCUCCAUCUUCGAGGCCGUCCACGGCUCCGCUCCCGAUAUUGCUGGCCAGAACAAGGCCAACCCCACCGCCCUCCUCCUCUCUUCCAUCAUGAUGCUCAGGCACAUGGGUCUCACCGACCACGCCGUCCGCAUCGAGAAGGCCAUCUUCCAGACUCUGGCCGAGGGCAAGAGCCUCACUGGCGAUCUUGGUGGCAAGGCCUCCACCUCGCAGUACGCCGAUGCCAUCAUCUCCAAGCUCUAA